CGGGGCUCCCCCAGCACCUCGCUGCCGGCGCCCCUGCUCAGCACAGCCCUGCGUGCAGCCAUGCGUCCUGCCGGCAUACUGCUGGUCGUCUGUGGCCUCGUCCUGGGUGCCACGGGGGACCCUUCGCAAGAUUUUUGUUCCCAGAUCCUUAACUCAGGUGUGAAGCCAGGAUUUCCCAAGACUAUCAAGACCAACGACCCGGACGUCCUCAGGGCAGCCAGACACAGCGUCGAGAGCUUCAACAACUGCAGCAACGAUGCCUUCCUGUUCCGGGAGUCACACAUCAGCAGAGCCCUCGUCCAGAUAGUGAAGGGCCUGAAGUUCAUGCUGGACCUGGACAUCAGCAGAACCACCUGCAAGAAGACCAGGCACUCGAGCCUGGACGACUGCGGCUUUCAGACCAACCGCACCCUGAAGCAGACUCUCAGCUGCUACUCUGAGGUCUGGGUCAUCCCCUGGCUCCAGAGCUUCAAGGUGCCUGUCCUCCGCUGUCACUGACUCCCGCCUCCCAGCUCCACCCCUGCUGUCGUGGGCCCUGGGAAACAGCAUCUCCUGAGAGCAGAAUGGCAGACGGCUGGAUUGAACACAUCAAGCCUCCUCCCAAACUUAACUAGUCUCCCCAACGCUGUGCACCUAGAUUCAGGGUCUGCACAGACAGGGCGAGUCCUCCAAUGGGGAUUACACGGGUUCUCGACCCCAAGGGGCCCUCCCACCUCACUGCCCUGAGAUCCCAGGCCCUCGAGGAAAGCCCAGAGGGCCAUCUUUCCAUCUGAAUAACUGUCCCUGCACUGGGCAGGGACCAGGCAUCAGUGAUGUCUUGGGUGAAUAGUUAGGAAUAAACCUGAAUAAAGAACUGAUCACCUUGAA